AUGAUUGGGGAACUAAUUUUGCUCGGUAUUAUUGCGAGCACAUCCUCGCAAAUGAUUCAUCAAAUGAUGACGCCGGAGGAGUUGAACAAAAUAUUCUCAGUAUAUAAUAUUACUGAAGUGCCAACUUAUGAUGUUGUGCCUGUUUCUAUAUCAAAACCACAAAAUCAACGUAUGAAUGAUUCGUAUCUUAUUCAAAAGCCUUUUGGCGAGUCUAAAAGGAUGUGGCUUAAUCCUGUCGAUGGAAUUUUGGCCGGUAAAAAUUUGCCUGUUUAUUCAAUUAAAUCAAAUUCAAGCGAUAUUCAUAAUCCAAUAAUAACACACCAUAACAUAUCUGAACAUUUUUUACCAUCGAUUUACGAAAAUACAUUACACGCAACUACAGUAGCUGUUAACAAUAAUUCCAAUGGAGGAUUAACUAUGACUGGUUUUAUUGGUGACUCAUACAUUCAUCCAGUACCCGAUCGACUAAAGGAACAUGCGAGAAAACGAAGAUCAGUCAAUAACGAACUUGACUAUGAAUCCGAUGAUCAAAUUGAUCAUAUUAUUUAUAAAAUACCAGCAGAUGCUGUUGAAUCACGUUCUUUGCCAAAAGAAAUACCAUCCGAAUCAAAAACAAAAUCCAGAUCCAAAAGAUCUACCAUAGAAAUGAUUCAUCCUGAAAUUCUCGUAAUUGUUGAAAACACACUGAAUAAACUAAUAGGUGAAACUCUAGUGGACAAAGUUUUGUAUCUUUUGUCAUUUUGGAACGGAGUUGAUAUGAGAUACAGAAGUUUUGAAAAUCCAAAAAUCCGAUUGAAUAUAGCUGGUGUUAUUUUAGCUGAGGAUCCCAAAGUUCUUCCUUAUAUGAAGGUAGAUUCCGAGAAUAUCGGGUUGCUCUAUUAUCAAAAUGCUCGUCGGCAACAGGGAACUUGGUUAUAUAACAUGCAGCACAAAUUUCCAUUUGAUACUUAUGACAUCGCAGUAACUAUGUUAACCCAAGGAUUAUGCAACUCUACUAACACAUCAAAAUGUAAUACUGUUGGAACAACUUUUAUUAGCGGAGCUUGUCAUAUAGGUACAGACAAUACCUGUAAUAGAAUUGCUUUUGUACAAGACAGAGCUGCAUUUGAUGGUAUUCAAACAGCUUCGCAUGAAUUGGGACAUUUAAUGGGUUCAAGUCACGACCUCGAAAAAACCGGAAAAUGUCAAGAUGACAAUGGCUAUAUUAUGACUACAUAUAAUAGAUUUUCAAACCAUUCAUUCGAUUGGUCACCGUGUUCUAUUAAUGAAAUAGAUAAAUUUAUACGAAGUAAAAAAGCGAGUUGUUUGUACAAUAAACCUCGUUCGGGUGAACCGUUGCCGAGAUAUUUGCCAGGAAGAAGAAUCGAUGCUAACCAACAAUGCAAAAUGAUAGUAAAUGGAAAUGCGACUGUAAUAGAUGACAGCAUUUGCGCUAAACUUAAAUGUUCAAAAAAAGACAAAAUCGAAUUGCCUGAAGCUGCUGAAGGUACUCCUUGUGGCCCUGGUAAAUUAUGCCUUCAUGGACAAUGUAUGCUUGAAAGCUCCGUAGUAUAA